UCUAUUACCAGAGAUACUACAGCUAUACCCAAACCCUAUUAAUCUAUUUCUUUUCUAUUUUUUGUUCUUUACAAAAAGCCCAAUAAAAGCGUGUUCAAAGAUUGCUCGUUCAAUCUGGCAAUGGCUGCGUUAAGCUCUGUGGUGGGAAGCAGCGGCGCCCCUCAAAUCGGUCCGUGGUGCAGUUCAAGAGGCUGCAAAAGGCGGGGUCAUUAUAAUUCGGUGCUCUCUCUGCCUCGUCCUUCGACUCCGUUCCUCCGACUCCAUAGCCGCCAUCUAUCCCUAUUUCCUCCCACCAGGAGGUACCCCCAUGAACUUGGUAAUGGCAGAUUGGGGUUUCACAGAAAUAAGAAUUAUACUCGGAAACAGUAUAGUUCUAUGUUUAAUGAACCAGUGACCGAGGCAUCUUUUUCUGGACGGAACGCCUGCAUUUCUUGCUCUCUCAACCGCAGAAGAUCUCAUCUUAACAUCGAAAGGUCUAUACCAAGGGCCUUUCUUGAAAAAUCAACAUUCCAUAUAUCAAAGCACGGUAUUGGCAAUAUUUCAGUGAAGUAUGAUCAUCUUCCACAAGCAACUGUUGGUCCAGAUGAGCCUCAUGCAGCAAGUACGGCCUGGCCAGAUGUUCUCGAGAAACAAGAUUUAGAUAUAUCUUAUCCUGAAAUAGAUCGAGCAGAGUUAGAGGGAUUCUUAAGUUCUGAACUUCCGUCUCACCCAAAGGUGUAUCGAGGACAGCUGAAAAAUGGAUUGCGUUAUCUUAUUUUACCAAAUAAAGUACCACCAAAUAGGUUUGAAGCACACAUGGAAGUACAUGUUGGAUCAAUUGAUGAGGAGGAUGAUGAGCAAGGAAUUGCUCAUAUGAUCGAACAUGUUGCUUUCCUUGGAAGUAAGAAACGUGAGAAACUUCUUGGUACAGGAGCCCGAUCCAAUGCUUACACUGAUUUCCACCAUACAGUGUUCCACAUUCAUUCACCAACCAGCACAAAGGACUCUGAUGGAGAUCUACUUCCAUCAGUGCUGGAUGCAUUAAAUGAGAUAGCGUUCCACCCAAAAUUUCUUGCUUCUCGGGUUGAAAAGGAACGGCGUGCUAUUCUUUCAGAAUUACAAAUGAUGAAUACAAUAGAGUAUCGUGUUGAUUGCCAGUUGUUACAACAUUUACAUUCUGAAAAUAAGCUGAGUAAAAGGUUCCCGAUUGGAUUAGAAGAGCAGAUUAAGAAGUGGGAUGCAGAUAAAAUAAGAAAAUUCCAUGAGCGUUGGUACUUCCCUGCAAAUGCAACCUUGUACAUAGUGGGGGAUAUCGAUAACAUCUCAAAGACAGUUGGUCAGAUUGAAGCUGUCUUUGGGCAAACUGGCCUAGAAAAUGAAGCUAUUUCUGCACCUAGUCCAAGUGCAUUUGGUGCAAUGGCCAGUUUUCUCGUUCCUAAGCUUUCAGCUGGGCUGGCUGGAAGUUUAUCAAAUGAAAAAUCAUCUACUUCUUUAGAUCAACCCAAAAUCUUAAAGAAAGAGAGGCAUGCAGUUCGCCCUCCAGUUAAGCAUAAUUGGUCUCUUCCUGGAAGCAGCACAGAUGGGAAGGUUCCACAGAUAUUCCAGCAUGAACUGCUUCAAAACUUUUCAAUCAACAUGUUCUGCAAGAUCCCCGUGAACAAAGUUCAAACGUAUGGUGAUUUGCGAAAUGUUUUGAUGAAAAGAAUUUUUCUGUCUGCCUUGCAUUUUCGGAUUAAUACAAGAUACAAGAGUUCAAAUCCACCAUUCACAUCAGUUGAAUUGGAUCACAGUGAUUCUGGAAGGGAAGGAUGCACCGUCACUACUCUUACAGUAACUGCAGAACCAAAGAAUUGGCACAGUGCAAUUAAAGUUGCUGUACAAGAGGUUCGAAGGCUGAAAGAGUUUGGUGUCACAAGGGGUGAAUUAACACGCUAUAUGGAUGCAUUGUUAAAAGAUAGUGAACACCUAGCAGCUUUGAUAGAUAAUGUGUCAUCCGUUGAUAAUUUGGAUUUUAUUAUGGAGAGUGACGCACUGGGCCAUACAGUUAUGGAUCAGAGACAAGGACAUGAGAGCUUGGUUGCUGUCGCUGGAACAGUUACUCUUGAAGAGGUCAAUUCUAUUGGUGCCAAGGUGUUAGAGUAUAUUGCUGACUUUGGGAAAGCCACCACACCUCUUCCUGCAGCAAUUGUUGCAUGUGUUCCAAAGAAAGUGCAUGUGGAUGGAAUCGGUGAAACUGAGUUCAAGAUAUCCCCGACUGAAAUUACAGCUGCGAUAAAAGCUGGACUAGAUGAGCCUAUAGAGGCUGAGCCUGAGCUUGAGGUGCCCAAAGAAUUGAUAUCUUCAUCACAGUUACAGGAGUUAAGGCUGCAACGCAGCCCAACCUUUAUUCCUAUAAGUCCAGAAACAAAUGUUACAAAAGUGCAUGACAAGGAAACAGGGAUUACUCAAUGCCGUCUUUCAAAUGGAAUUCCCAUAAAUUACAAGAUUUCAAAGACUGAAGCCCAGGGAGGUGUAAUGAGACUUAUAGUAGGUGGGGGACGAGCAGCUGAAAGCUCUGAGUCAAAAGGAUCUGUUGUUGUGGGUGUUCGAACUCUUAGUGAGGGUGGUCGUGUUGGCAACUUUUCGAGGGAGCAGGUAGAACUUUUCUGUGUGAAUCAUCUAAUAAAUUGCUCUUUGGAGUCUACCGAGGAAUUUAUUUCUAUGGAGUUCCGUUUUACUUUAAGAGAUAAUGGUAUGCGUGCAGCUUUCCAGUUACUUCAUAUGGUACUGGAGCAUAGUGUCUGGCUCGAUGAUGCUUUUGAUAGAGCAAGACAGUUAUAUUUAUCAUAUUAUCGGUCCAUUCCUAAAAGCUUGGAACGAUCAACUGCUCACAAGCUCAUGUUAGCGAUGCUGAAUAGUGAUGAGCGUUUUGUGGAGCCUACACCAACGUCACUAGAAAAUUUGACAUUGCAAUCUGUCAAGGAUGCAGUGAUGAAUCAGUUUGUAGGCAAUAACAUGGAGGUGAGUAUUGUCGGGGACUUCUCAGAGGAGGAGAUUGAGUCUUGUGUUCUUGAUUACCUGGGCACAGUUAGAGCUACAAGAAAUUCUGAUAGAGCGCAUGAAUUUAGCCCAAUCUUCUUUCGGCCAUCUCCAUCUGAUUUGCAGUUUCAACAAGUAUUCUUGAAGGACACCGAUGAGAGAGCAUGUGCCUAUAUUGCAGGCCCAGCACCAAACCGUUGGGGUUUCACAGUUGAUGGUGAAGACCUGUUAGAGUCAAUUAGAAAUACUUCAACAGCUGAUGUCGCUCAGUCAAAAUCUGAAGAACUGCACGUGGAGGAGGGGAAGGGUGUCCAGACUCAUCUGCAAAGAAAACUUCGUGGUCAUUCACUUUUCUUUGGCAUCACUAUGGGGCUACUGGCUGAGGUCAUAAACUCUAGGCUUUUUACAACAGUCAGGGAUUCUCUUGGACUGACGUAUGAUGUGUCAUUUGAGUUGAAUCUGUUUGAUAGGCUUAAUCUGGGGUGGUAUGUAAUAUCAGUAACAUCAACUCCAGGCAAGGUACAUAAAGCUGUUGAGGCAUGCAAGAGCGUUCUCAGAGGUUUGCACAGUAACAAGAUUACCCAAAGGGAGUUGGAUAGGGCAAAACGGACACUUCUCAUGAGACAUGAAGCUGAAAUUAAAUCAAAUGCCUAUUGGCUUGGAUUGUUAGCCCACUUGCAGGCUUCUUCUGUUCCAAGGAAGGGCAUAUCAUGCAUCAAAGAUCUUAUAUCACUAUAUGAAGCUGCCAUUAUUGAGGAUGUCUACCUUGCUUAUGAUCAGUUGAAAGUAGAUGAAAAUUAUUUAUAUUCAUGCAUUGGUGUUGCUGGGGCUCAAGCUGGUGAUGAAAUUACUGGUGAGGAUGAAUCACAUGAAGGCUUUCCUGGGGUUAUUCCUGCAGGACGUGGUUUAUCUACAAUGACACGACCUACAACAUGACCUUCCUUGAUCAUACUUUCUGCUAUCCUGCUUUCUUGCAGGGAAUAGAUAAUAAAUCUUGAAGAUUUACUUGCCAAAAAAGAAAGCAUUUGUGGGAUGGGCAUGAUUGAAAGCUUGCACGGCCUGAUGUGGAGACUUAAGACCCUAAUUUUCAAAGUUGUAGCUGGACCUGCUAUAUGCUCAUCGCCUUGGGCUUUGGAAUUCUAAGGGUCCAAAGUGAUAGCCUCUAUUUAUAAGUGGUUUGAUCAUUACGUGCCAAAAUAACUUAUUUUAGUAUCUGUUUAAACCCAUUUCUUCUUAUUCAUCAUCGAUACAAUGUAAUGCUCGGGUAUUACAUGGAAAAGGAAUGAUACAAUGUAAUUGUCGGAAAAGGAAUAAGUGUAGCUUGUAGAGUUAUAGAACACAGAAGCCAGUGUUUGGUCUGUUGGCUAGAUCAAUAGUGGAGAACAUUCAAGCCA